UAAACUUCCAGCCCAGGCUGAACAUGUGGUCCGCCAGCGUUGCUAGGUGUGGUUUCAUUGGUAUAAAUACAUGGCUUUCACUGCCGCCUACUCCGCGUUGUGAGUCUGAAAAAUCUCUGCUGUGAGUAGAUACAUCCUGAACCAUGUCAUUCAUCCAGCAAUUUCUUCAGCAGACAGUCUAUUUGGGCAUUCCGGAGGAGUCAAAACACAAGGGAACGGUGACUCCUUACCCACAGUUCAGUGCUGAAGGAGAUGUUGGCGUUUUAGACAAAGCCAUCAAAGCCAAAGGUGUGGAUGAGACCACCAUUAUUGAUGUGCUGGUGAAGAGGAGCAAUGCCCAGCGGCAGCAGAUCAAAGCUGUUUACAUGAAGGCCACUGGCAAGCCCUUGGAGGGAGCGUUGAAGUCGGCCCUGAAGGGUGAGCUGGAGGAUGUUGUUCUGGCUCUUCUCAAGACCCCUGCCCAGUAUGACGCCCAGCUGCUCAAACUUGCCAUGAAGGGACUAGGGACAGAUGAAGAUACACUGGUUGAGGUCCUUGCCUCCAGGACCAACAGAGAGAUCAAAGAUAUAAAAGUGGCUUACAAAGAAGAAUACAAAAAGGAACUGGAAGAUGACAUCAAGUCUGACACAGGAGGCGAUUUCAGGAAGGCCCUUCUUGCUCUCUGUAAGGCCAGCAAGUCUGAGGACAACAUUGUGAAUGAGGACCGUGCAGACAGUGAUGCCAGAGCUAUAUAUGAGGCUGGAGAGCAGAGAAAGGGCACUGACUGCUCUGUUUUCAUUGACAUUCUCACCAGCAGAAGUGCUCCCCAGCUCCGUAAAAUGUUCCAGAUGUACUCCAAGUACAGCAAAGUGGACGUCUCCAAAGCCUUGGACUUGGAGCUGAAGGGGGAUAUAGAAAACUGUCUGACUGCUGUAGUGAAAUGUGCUGGGAGCAAACCUGCCUUUUUUGCUGACAAGCUCUAUGAAUCUAUGAAGGGCUCUGGAACCAGGACAAAGGUCCUAACCAGAAUCAUGGUGAGCCGCUCUGAGAUAGAUCUGGGAAAGAUCAAGGAGGAGUACACGAAGAAGUAUGACAAGAACCUCUAUCAGGACAUUUUGGAUGACACCAAAGGAGACUAUGAGAAGAUCCUUCUGGCCAUUUGUGGGAGUGAGAAUUAACCACGUCCAUAUUAAAGAAGAUAUGAAACACACAUUCUUACAUGCAAAGUAUCACACUGUUAAAUGCCAAAACAUAUAUAAAAAUUGAAAGCUUCAUGUUGCCAUAUUAAAAAAAAAGUCCACCAGUGAAGGCUGUGUGGGUGUUGUUAUACCAA